UUAUGUGAAUGUGGUGUAGAUUUAAUUACCUUUUAGAGUAGUCUUUGAGGUACAAUUAUGUUUCUUAAACUAUUUUUCAAGGAUACAUACUAACGGUACCGAGUCUCCGACACACUUCUAUGCCAAUCUCUCAAUAUGAUGAUGACUCAGGUGGUAACCAUUUAGGAGAACAAGAGGAACUGUGACUGUUGUUUUGGGUUUGCAGUAUCACUUAGCAUCUGCCCCCUGUAGGCUUUGCCAUACCAGCAUGUGUGCAACAACCUAUUUCUAGACCCAUUUAUCACCCUUGUCCAGUCACAAGCUCACAGUCUCUUUGCCCUGCACCCUCUCGGUCCCUUCUCCCUCUUGUCUCACUGUCAGACUUUCUGAAUAGCCAGAAACAUCUACUCCCUCUUUUUUUUUUUUUUUUUUUAAACAAAGGAUACCUGCACUUUUUUUCAGUAUGGCUGAUCGCACAGUUCCCCAUGCAUACCCCAUGAGUGUUAAUUAUGAGAUGUGCACUCCUGCUCGGAUAUAUGACCAGAACUUUGCAGAAGCACUAAGUCCUCAGGAUCUGAUGGCUCCGGUGCUGUACCAUGGAUAUUACAUCCGUCCUCGUAUCAACAAACAGCUGGAGAGGGGCUUCUCGCAGGUGGACAGCGAGGACGACUGGUACCGUGUACUACUAGACGUCUGUCAGUUCACGCCGGACGAGCUGAGUGUGCGAACUGUGGACAACCUACUGGAGGUGACUGGGCGCCAUGCGCAGAGGAUGGACCAACAUGGCUUUGUUUCCAGGGAGUUCACACGCACCUACAUCCUUCCUAUUGGUGUUGACCCACUGCUGCUGCAAGUGUCGAUAUCUCAUGAUGGGAUUAUGUGCAUCCAGGCACCAAGGAAGGUCCAAGAUCUAGAGUCUAAAAUCAAUGAGCUCAAGAUCAAAGUGGUAAAGAAGGGAAGGAAGAGCUGCUAAAAUGGACCGCCAAGUUCAAAUCUUUUUUUUUUUUUUUUAAACAGGGUAAAAGUAAAGCAACACCCAGACUGGGUGGGCAUGGUUUAUACUUGAUUUUUUUUAGGUUUCGCAUCAAUUGAGGCAUAGAUAACUGAGAAAAUGAUGGUGGCUGACAAUAACUUCUUAGAGUAGGACUUUACUAAAUAUACUAAAUAUACUUUUAGAUAAGGGGUGAGAUUCGCAAUUUUCCAAUGGUGCAGCAUCUGUUAAUUUUUGGCCAUGCCUUCUGUCUGGCAAUUUAAAUUUCACCAAGUGUCACUAACAAUGGCCUGAUUUAUCAUACAAAGAAAUGUAUUUAUUAAAACAAAAAGUUUAUAUCCUUACAAUUUUUACAAAGUCCUCACUUUCAGCGAAAUGUAAAGGGAAAGAUUAUUCACAACUACCAUGUAAAAAGUUCACACUUGUCUGAUUAGAUGGUGAUGGUAGCAUUUUCUUCUUCUUCUUCCUUUUAUUUAUUUAUUUUUUAAUUAAACCUGCAUGACAAGUGUUUCUUGAGUUUGGCAUUUUCACUUGCAGAAAUGUAGUGCUUUGACUGGCAGAAUGUAUGUAACAUUGUGUGAGUGUUUUAAAAAACAAACAAAAAAAAAACAUUUUACAGAAAAUGCUACUUAGCAACAUUUUUCCAAUAAGUGCUUCAAUGGAAGUAUCUUCCCUUUUAUAUUUAACCUUAACAUGAAUCUACAGAAACUCUAUAGAAAAGUUGUUAUUCGGAUUUUCCUGUUUUACCUGUAUGC